AUGGCUACAAGUAAUCAGGAUGCUCUACUUAAAAUAGAUAUAGGUGAUUGUUGUAUAGUCUGUUUUGAUGUCUCUGCAUGUUAUAGAGGUAAUAUAUCAUAUUUUGACCAGCUAGAGGAAAUUCUAGACCAUCCUGAUGCACCAGGAGUAGUCAUGUUAUACCUUCUUAGCCGUGAUUUAUCAAAUUGGAGUCUGGAAAAAAUUCCUGCAACUAAAAUGAAGAUAGAAACAAUCUGUAAAAAAGUAUACCAGGAUUAUUUUGAAUGGUGCAGUUGUAAUGGAGAAAAGCUAUUAACUAGUAAGGUCGCUAGAAAGAAGUUUUCACAAAUCAGCAUUGAUUGGGCACGUUCACGAGAUAAUAGAACUACAGACAUGCCUAUAUUCAAUAUGCCAGAAUUUAUUCCUCCAAAAUUAAUCCCACCUCAGGCAGAAAAGAAUCUCUCUCCUAGUGAUAAGAAAGAAGAUAAACAGAAAAAUCUAACUCAAGCUCUAUUCGACUAUGUGGAAGAAGAAGCUGAAACACUAGUUGCUUCAACAUCUGGGACUUCUGAAAUUUCUAAGAUGUCUAACUUACCUGAGCCAAAAAUCAUUGAGCGGUCUCAAAAGGACCAGACUAGCAAGCUUCCCAAACCUAUUGAGCUUAUAAAUAGAGUAGUGCCCUCUGAUACACCUUCUAAAGAAACUGAUUCUUUCAAGCCUAUCAAUGAAAUACCAUUUACCAUACUUAUGAGCAGGGCCCAGCAUGAAGAGCGCCUUAGAAAAAGGGCAAUCGAACUUGGUGAAGAUUCUGAUAUAUUUGUAACUAUCACAGAAAAGGACAUGCUCGAUUCUACUGCAUUUCAUUAUAAAAUGGAAAUGGAUGCACGAAUGUGUGGUUAUGCAAAAGAGAUGGAAAAAGACCCUAAAGAAUAUAUGGACAUGUCAGUGUGA